AUGGGCGAGCCGGGGCCCGCGCUGCGGCUGCCGCUGCUGCUGCUGCUGCUGCUCGCGGCCGGCGCCGGGGCCCACGAAGAGGUGCCGGGAAGCGCCAGCCUCAGCUGCCCGAAAGAUGCAACUCGAUUCAAAUACCUCAGGAAGUAUGUGUACAGCUACGAAGCAGAAGGAUCCAGUGAGUUCCCCGGGACCGCCGACUCGAGGAGCACCACCAAGAUCAGCUGCAAGGUCGAGCUGGAGGUCCCCCAACUCUGCAGCUUCAUCCUGAGGGUAAGCCAGUGCACCCUGGAGGAGGCCUAUGGCUUCAGCCUGGAGGGCAAGGCCUUGCUGAUGAAGACCAAGAACUCGGACGAGUUCGCUGCCGCCAUGUCCAGGUACGAGCUCAGGCUGGCCGUUCCUGGGGGGAAGCAAGUCGUGCUUUAUCCUGAGAAGGGUGAAACCAAACACAUCCUGAACAUCAAGAGGGGCAUCGUUUCUGCCCUCCUGGUGCCCCCCGAGACAGAAGAGGACACACGAGUGCUGUUUCUGGACACGGUGUAUGGAAACUGCUCCAGCGACUUUACAGUGAAAUCCAGGAAGGGCAGCACCGCCACAGAAAUAUCCAUCGAAAGGAACCUGGAGAAGUGUGAGCACUUCCAGCCUGCGAGCACAGGCGUCAGCCCGCUGGCUCUCAUCCAAGGCCUGAGCCGCCCCUUGUCAACACUGAUCAACAGCAACCAGUCCUGCCAGUACACUCUGGACCCCAAGAGGAAGCAUGUUUCAGAGGCCACGUGCCAGGAGCAACACCAGCUCCGGCCUUUCUCUGACAAGACUAAGUACGGGAUGAUGGCACAGGUUACGCAGACUUUGAAACUUGAAGACACACCUAAGAUCAAUAGCCGCUUCUUUGAUGAAGGAACUGAGGAGGUGGGGCUUGCCUUUGAAAGCACCAGAUCCACAUCCCCACCAAAGGAGGCCGAGGCCGUUCUAAAGACCCUCCAGGACCUGCAGCUACUGCAUGUCACUGACCAGAAUUUUCUGCGGGCUCAACUCUUCAACCAACUGGUCACGGAGCUGAGAGGCCUUGAUGAUAAGGCAGUCUCUGACCUCUUGCCCAAGUUGAUGGACGUGUCUAGCCCCAUCACCUUACAAGCCUUGAUUCAGUGUGGACAAUCCCCUUGCUACACUCACGUCCUCCGCUGGCUGCGCAGUGAGAGCGCCAACCCCCUCCUGGUGGACGUAGCAACCUACCUGGUAGCCCUGAUCCCGGAGCCCUCCGCCCAGGCGCUGCAGGAGAUCUUCACCACGGCAAAGGAGCAGCAGAGUCGGGCCACCCUCUACUCUCUCAGUCACGUGGUCAACAACUUUCAUAAGGCGAACCCUACAGUGACCCGAGACCUGCAGGCUGUUGCUGAUUACCUGUCGGAACAGAUUCGUGAGGACUGCUCAGGGGAUGAAGAGCACAUCUACCUGAUCCUCAGGGUCAUUGGCAAUAUUGGUAGAACCAUGGAACAGGUCACUCCAAGACUCAAGUCCUCCGUACUGAAAUGUAUCAAGAGUCCAGAGCCUUCCCUGCUGAUCCAGAAGGCUGCCAUCCAGGCCCUUCGGAAAAUGGAACUCAAUGAUGAGGUACAAGAUGCCCUUCUUCAGAUUUUCCUCAAUCACACCUCCCCAGGGGAGAAGCGACUGGCUGCCUAUCUCAUGCUGAUGCGGAGCCCUUCUCAGUCCGACGUUAAUGAAAUCAUCCAACUUCUCCCUCAAGAACAGAAUGAGCAAGUGAAGAACUUUGUGGCUUCCCACAUUGCCAACAUCCUAAAGUCAGAAGAACUGUACACUCAAGACUUGAAAGAAUUGGUGGGAAAAGCUCUAGAAGAGUCUCAGCUUCCAACUCUCAUGGACUUUACAAAGUUCUCCCGGAAUUAUCACCUUUCAAAAUCUUUUUCUCUUCCAUCACUUGACUCAGUCUCAGCCAAAAUCGAAGGAAAUCUCAUAUUUGACCCCAAAAAUUACCUUCCUAAAGAAAGCAUGCUGAAAACGACCCUUGCUGUGUUGGGAGUUGCUCCGACUGACCUCUUUGAGAUUGGUCUGGAAGGAACAGGCUUUGAGCCAACAGUGGAAGCUCUGUUUGGGAAUCAAGGAUUCUUCCCAGACAGUGUCAACAGGGCUUUGUACUGGGUGGAUGGUCAAGUUCCUGAUCCGGUCUCCAAGGUCUUGGUGGACCACUUUGGCUACACCAAAGAUGAGAAACACGAGCAGGACAUGGUCAAAGGAAUUAUGCUCAAUGUUCAGAAUCUGAUCAAAGAUUUGAAAUCCAAAGAAUUCCCUGAAGCCAGGGCCUACCUCCAGAUCUUGGGAGAGGAGCUUGGUUUUGUGAGACUUCGUGAUCUGCAGCUCUUGGGAAGGUUACUGCUGAACGGUGUUGAUUCCCUGCGGGGGAUCCCCCAGAUGAUUGGAGAGACCCUAAGGAAAGGGUCUAGGAAUGACUUGUUUCUUCACUACAUCUUCAUGGACAAUGCCUUUGAACUUCCCACUGGACUUGGAUUGCAACUACACGUGUCUUCCUCUGGCAUCAUCACUCCAGGAGUCAAGGCCGGGUUCAGACUAGAAGUAGCCAAUAUGCAGAUGGAACUGGUCGCCAAACCCUCUGUGUCUUUGGAAUUUGUGACAAGUAUGAGUAUCAUCCUUCCAGAAUUUGCUGUGAGUGGGGUCCAAAGAAACACCAACUUUUUCCAGGAGUCGGGCCUGGAGACAAGAGUUGCCUUGAAAGCCAAACAGCUGAAGUUCAUCAUUCCUCCUCCACAGAAACCAAUCAGGCUAUUCAGUUUCAGUAACACCUUGCGUUUGGUCUCUACCACCAAAACUGAAGGAAUUCCAUCUCUCAUAUUUAACAAAGAGUCCUGGUCAACUUGCAAGCCAUUUUUCCCUGGCCUGAAUUACUGCAUUAAGGGAUAUUACUCCAACACCAGUUCUACAGAUUCUGCCCUUGACUAUCCACUAACCAGGGACACCAGCUUUGUCCUGGAACUGAAGCCAACGGGAGCGGUCCGACAGUACUCUGCCAGUGCAACCUAUGAACUCCAAAGAGAAGGUGAAGCUUUGGUGGACACACUUAAGCUUGUAACUCAGGCAGAAGGCAAAAAGGAAAAUGGCAUUUUUGUGACGUUCAGAUAUAACCGGCAGAAGACAACUCUGUCUAGUGAAAUCGAAAUUCCAGAUUUUAAUGUCAACCUUGGGACAAUCCUCAGAGUAAGUGAUGAAUCUUCUGAGAAACAUAAGUCUUACAAACUCACCCUGGACAUGCAGAACAAGAAAAUCACCGAGAUCACUCUCAUCGGCCACCUCAGCUGUAACAGGAAGGAAGAAGGCAAAAUCAAAGGUGUUAUUUCUAUACCUCGUUUGCAAGCAGAAGCCAGAAGUGAAAUCCACACCUUGUGGUCCCCCACAAAACUACUCCUGCAAAUUGACUCAUCUGCUACGGCCUAUGGCUCAACAAUCUCCAAGAAGGUGGCCUGGCGCUAUGACGAAGAGAAGCUUGAAUUUGAAUGGAAUGCAGGCACCAAUGUGGAUACCAAAAAGGCAGCUUCCAAUUUCCCUGUGGACCUCUCUGAUUAUCCUAAAAGCUUGCAAAUGUAUGCCAGUAGUGUCUUAGAUCAGAGAGUUCCUCAAACUGACAUGACUUUCCGGCACAUGGGUUCUAAAUUAAUAGUUGAAACACACACAUUGCUUCAGAGCAUAUCCAAGAAUCUUCCUUACACCCAAAAUAUGCAGGAUCGCCUCAGCAGACUGAAAGAGUUGUAUCUCCAGAACAUGGGUUUGCCAGACAUCCACCUCCCAGAAAAUCUCUUCUUGAAAAGUGAUGGCCGAGUCAAAUACACCUUGAACAAGAACAGCAUGGAAAUUGACAUUCCUCUGCCUUUUGGUGGCAAAUCCUCCAAAGAUCUGAAGAUGUUAGAGACUAUUCGAACACCAGGCGUCAACCUCAAGUCUGUAGGAGUCUACAUGCCACCUCGAGAGUACCAAGUACCCACCUUCACCAUUCCCGAGUUGUAUCAGCUGCGGAUACCUCUUGUAGGUGUCUUAGACCUCUCCACCAACAUCUACAGCAACUUGUACAACUGGUCUGCCUCCUACACCGGUGGAAACACCAGCAAAGACCACUUGAGCUUUCAAUCCCAGUACCACAUUAAGGCCACGUCUGUAGUGGACCUGCUGUCUUAUAGUGUGCGAGGAUCUGGGGAAGCAACCUAUGACCACAAGAAUACAGUCACAUUGGCAUGUGAUGGUUCUCUACACCACAAAUUUCUGGAUUCAAAUGUCAAAUUCAGUCAUGUAGCAAAACUUGGAAACAACCCAGCCUCAAAAGGUUUGCUGCGGUUCUCUGCCACUAGUGCCUGGGGACCAGAAAUGUCUGCUUCAGUAAAUUUGGACUCGAGAAAGAAACAACAUUUGUACAUCAAGGAAGUCAAGAUUGAUGGGCAGUUCAGAGUGUCUUCACUCUAUGGAAAUGGAGAAUAUGGUCUGACUUAUCAAAGGGAUCCUACCACUGGCCAGCUCCUUGGAGAGUCCAAUCUGAAGUUUAACUCCACCUACAUUCAGGGCAACAACCACGUGACAGGACUCUACAAAGAUGGACUCUUCACCCUCACCUCCACCUCGGAUCUGCAAGAUGGCCUUAUUAAAAACAGUGCAUCCCUGAAAUACGAGAACUAUGAGCUUACUGUGAACUCUGACACCAGCGGAAAGUACGAGGGCUUUGUUACUUCCAACAAAGUGGAUCUAACCUUCUCUAAACAGAAUGUGCUGCUGCGUUCUGAGUAUCAGGCUGAUUACAAGUUACUGAGAUUCUUCACCCUGCUUUCUGGAUCACUAACCUCACAAGGCCUUGAAUUGAAUGCUGACAUCUUGGGCUCUGGCACAGCUCACCGUGGUGCUCACAAGGCAACACUAAAGAUUGGCCAAGAUGGAAUAUCUAGCAGUGCAGUUACCAAUGUGAUGUUUAGUCCCCUAGUUCUGGAGAAUGAAAUGAAUGCAGGCCUUAGUCUCUCUGGGGCAUCUAUGAAACUAACAGCAAACGGACGCUACAGGGAACACAACGCAAUGUUCAACCUAGAUGGGAAAGCUGCUCUCACAGAGAUCUCGCUGGGAAGCGUCUAUCAGGCCAUGAUUCUGGAUGUGGACAGCAAAAAUGUUUUCAGCUUCAAAAUUAACCGAGAGGGACUCAAGCUUUCAAAUGACAUGAUGGGCUCAUUUGCUGAAAUGAAACUUGACCAUUCCAACAAACUGAACAUUGCAGGUUUAUCACUGGACUUCUCUUCAAAGCUUGAUAAUAUUUACAGCUCCGACAAGUUUUAUAAACAAAAUUUUAAUUUACAGCUUCAGCCCCUUUCUCUUGUAACUUCUUUAAACAAUGACUUAAAAUUCAACGCUCUGAAUUUGACCAAUCUUGGAAAACUACGGCUAGAACCCCUGAAACUGAGUAUGAGUGGGUUUGUAAGAGGAGCCUACCAAAAUAAUGAAGCAAAACAUACCUACACCCUUUCUUAUGCUGACUUGUUGGCAAAUUAUAAUGCGAACACUGAAGUAAAGAUGGAUGAUACAGAGUUUAGCCAUCAGUUCAACACAGACCUUGCUGGACUGGCUUUCGCCCUCGACACCAGCACCAAUUAUAAUUCAGAAGCCCUGCACUUCAGCAAUGUUUUCCAUUCUGCGAUGGCCCCAUUUAAAAUGGCUAUCAGUGCGCACACAAAUGGUGAUGGCAAACUGGUCCUCUGGGGAAAUCACACCGGGAAGUUGUAUAACAAAUUCCUCUUCAAAGCAGAACCUCUGGCCCUUACUUUGACUCAUGAUUUCAAAGGAUCCACAAGUCACCAUCACAUGUCCGGGAAGAGUACCAGCACUGCUCUGGAUCACAAAGUAGGUGUACUGCUCACUCUGUCUGAGCAGACGAGCACCUGGAAAUUCAAGACUCAAUUGAACAGAAAUGAAUACAGCCAGGACAUUGAUGUUUACAAUACUGAAGACAAAGUUGGUGCUGAGUUUAAUGGACAAGCCUUAGCUGACUUCACCAUGCUUGAUUCACCCAUUGAAGUGCCAUUUUUACUCAGGGAACCUGUCAAUGUAAUUGAUGCUCUAGAGCUACGGGAUGCUACUGACCAGCCCCAGGAAUUUGCUAUUGUGGCUUCUGUAAAAUAUGAUAAGAACCAAGAUGUUCACACUAUCAAUCUCCCAUUUUUAAAAGACAUGCCAGAAUAUUUUGAGAAGAAUCGAGUAGCAAUGGUAACUGCACUAGAAACCAUCCAGAGACAACUGAGGCAUACCAAUAUUGAUCAAUUCAUGAGGAACUACAGAGAAGCUAUGAUCAAACUCCCACAGCAAGUUAAUGAUUACAUAGAUGCAUCCAACUGGGAGAAGCAUGUUUCACAAGCCAAGGAGAAACUAGCUGUUUUCACAAAAAAUUAUGGAAUUACAGAAAAUGAUCUAAAAAUCGCAUUGAACAAUGCCAAAAUCAACCUUAAUGAAAUGCUAUUUCAACUACAAACCUAUGUGAUACAAUUUGAUCAGUAUAUUAAAGAUAAUUAUGACUUACAUGAUUUAAAAAUCACUAUUGCUAAGAUCAUUGAUCAAAUCAUUGAAAAAUUAAAAAUUCUUGAUGAACAUUAUCAUAUCAAAGUAAAUUUCAUAAAGGUAAUUAAUGACAUAUAUAUUUUUAUUGAAAAGAUUGAUUUAAAUAAAAUUGGAAAUAGUAUUGCAUCUUGGGUUCAAACUAUGGAUACUAAGUAUCAAAUCAGAAUCCAGAUACAAAACAAAUUGCAGCAACUCAAGACACAGAUUCAAAAUAUAGAGAUCCAGCUUUUUGCUGAAAAGUUAAAGCAAUAUAUUGAGACUGUUGAUGUCAGAGUGCUUUGGGAUUGGUUGAGAGCUACAAUUCCAUUUCAAAAAAUAAAGGAAAUUAUUGAACAUAUCAAAUACUGUGUAAAAAGUCUUAUUGAAGGUUCAAAAGUAACUGAGAAAAUUAAUGCUUUCAGAGUCAUGUUCCAUAAGCUAAUUGAGUCGUUUGAAAUUGAUAGACACAUCCAGGUCUUAAUAUAUAAAUUAAUAGAGUUGUCCCAUCAAUAUAAGUUGAAAGAGACUGUGCAGAAACUAAGCAAUGCUUUACAGCAAGUUGAGAUAAAAGUCCACUUUGAGAAACUGGUUACGUUUAUUGAUGAUACCACCCAGAAGCUUAAAGCAUUGUCAUUUAAAAAUUUCAUUGAAGAAGUAAACAGAUUCCUCGCCAUGUUGCUAAACAAAUUAAAGUCAUUUGAUUACUACCAGUUUAUAGAAGAAACCAAUAGCAAAAUCCGUGAGGUGACCCAGAGAAUCAAUGAUGAAAUCCAGGCUCUGGAACUCCCACAAAAAGCAAAGGCACUGACACUGCUUGUAGAGGAUCUGAAGGCUACGCUCUCACUCUACCUGGAGAACCUGAAGAACACCAAAAUAACGUUUUUCUUUGAUUGGUUACAAGAGCCUUUAAGUUCAGCAUAUUUGAUUUACAUGCAGGAAAAAUUCCAAGACACUCUAGAGGAUGUACGAGACCGGAUAUAUCAGAUGGACAUUCAGAAGGAAGUUCAACGAUACCUGUCUCUGAUAGGCCAGUUGUAUAACACCCUUGUCACUUACAUUACUGACUGGUGGCGUCUUGCUGCUAAGAACCUCACUGACUUUGCAGAACAGUAUUCUAUCCGCAGCUGGGCUGAAAGCGUGAAAGCAUUGGUAGAACAAGGAUUCACUGUUCCUGAAAUUCAGACCACCUUUGGGACCAUGCCUGUGUUUGAAGUAAGUCUUCGUGCCCUUCAGGAAGCUACAUAUCAGACCCCUGCCUUCAUCGUCCCCCUGACAGAUCUGAGGGUUCCAUCAUUUCAGAUCAACAUCAAAAAAUUGAAAGAGAUAAAAAUCCCACCCAAGUUUUCCACACCAGAAUUUACUGUCCUCCGUACCUUCCAUGUCCCUUCCUUUACAAUUGAUUUGGUAGAAAUAAAAAUAAAGAUCAUCAGAACCAUUGAUCAAAUGCUGAGCAGUGAAUUGCGGUGGCCGGUUCCAGAAGUCUAUCUGAGAGAUCUAAAGGGAGUGGACAUCAUUCUUGCUUGCAUCACUCUGCCAAAUAUCACUUUGCCUGAAUUCAGAGUUCCAGAAUUCAUAAUCCCAAAUCUUCACCUAAGAGAUUAUCAAGUUCCAGAAUUUCACAUCCCAGAAUUCCAGCUUCCUCGCCUCUCCCACAAAAUUGAAGUGCCUGCUUUUGGCAAGCUCUACAGCAUCUUGAAAAUCAAGUCACCCCUUUUCACAUUAGACUUAAAUGCUAACAUUCAGAAUAUCACUUCUUCAGUGAACAACUCAGAGAUUGCAGCUUCCAUCACUGCCAAAGGAGUGUCCCAACUAGAACUUCUCAAUUUUCACUUUCAAGCAAAUGCCCAACUUUUGGACCCAAAGAUGAAUCCAUUGGUUCUGAAGGAAUUUGCGAGGUUCUCCAACAAGUACCUGAAAACAGAGCAUGACAGUGAAGUACAAUUUGGGGGAAAUGCCAUUAAGGGGAAAUCAAACACCGUGGCUGCUUUGCACACAGACAAAAAUACAUUGGAGUUCAGAAAUGGUCUGCUGCUGAAGAUUAACAACCAGCUCACCCUGGAGAGCAGCACCAAGUACUCCCACAAACUGAACUUCCCCAAACUGGAAUUCUCCAGUCAGGCUGACCUGCGUAACGAAAUCAAGACCCUGUUGGAAGUUGGACAUAUCGACUGGACAUCUUCUGGGACCGGGUCAUGGAAAUGGGCCUGUCCCCGAUUCUCAGAUGAAGGAACACAAGGAACACAAAUCAGUUUCACUUUGGAAGGACCCAUCUCCUCCUUCGGAUUAUUGAAUGAGAUCCGUAGCAAACAUCUCAAAGUAAACCAAAGUCUGAGCUAUGAAUGUGCAUUCUUUAACUUUUCUAAAUUUGAAAUCCAGUCGCAAGUUGAAUCUCAGCACGUGGGCCGCAGUGUUCUAACUGCCAAAGGCACGGUGCUACUUGGAGAAGGGGAAGCAGCGGUGACUGGCAAUCAUGAUGCUCAUUUAAAUGGAAAAGUGAGCGGAACUUUAAAAAAUUCUCUUUCCUUUUCAGCACGACCAUUUGAGGUGACUGCCUCCACAAACAAUGAGGGGAAUUUGAAAGUGAGUUUUCCAUUGAAAUUAACAGGGAAGAUUGACUUUCUGAAUAAUUACGCUCUGUUUCUGAAUCCUAGUGCUCAGCAAACAAGUUGGCAAGCAAGUGUCAGAUUUAAUCAAUACAAGUACAAUCAAAAUUUCUCUGCUGGAAACAAUGAGAACAGCAUAGAUGCCCAUGUAGGAAUGAAUGGUGAAGCCAACUUGGAUUUCUUAAAUAUUCCUUUAACAAUUCCUGAAAUGACCCUACCUUAUACAAUGCUCAAAACUCCACAGGUGAAAAAUUUCUCCAUAUGGGAAAAAACAGGCUUGAAGAAAUUCUUGAAAACAACAAAACAAUCAUUUGACUUAAGUGUAAAGACUCAGUAUAAGAAAAACAAAGACAUGUAUCCCAUCCCACAUCCUUUGGCUAUGUUUUAUGUGUAUUUUAAUCAUAAUAUCAAUUCCUUUAUCAGGCAAGUUGAGAAAGUCAGAGAGAAGACAUUUGGUUUCAUUAUUGAAUCCUAUAAUGAAGCAAAAGUUAAAUAUGAUGAGUAUAAUGUUGAAAAAUCUGACACCAAAAACCCAAGGACCUUUCAAAUUCCAGGCUACACCAUUCCUGUUGUCAAUAUUGAAGCAUCUCCCUUCACAAUAGAGAUGUUUCCAUUCGGCUAUGUGAUCCCCAGAGCGAUCAACACCCCCACGUUCACCAUCCUGAGUUCUGGCUUCUCAGUGCCCUCAUAUACUUUAGUCCUGCCAAUUCCAGAACUACCAACCCUUCACCUCCCUAAGUUUCUCGAGCUUUCUCUUCCAGAAUUCAAAGAAUUGAGUAUCCCAAGGAAUAUUUUUAUUCCAGCCCUGGGAAAUAUUACCUAUGACUUUUCCUUUAAAUCAAGUGUCAUUACACUGAAUGCCAAUGCUGGACUUUAUAACCAAUCAGAUAUUGUUGCUCAUGUCAUAACAUCCUCUUCAUCUGUCAUUGAUGCACUGCAGUACAAAUUAGAGGGCACCUCAAGUUUGACCAGAAAAAGAGGUUUGAAAUUAGCCACAGCCUUGUCUCUAAGUAAUGAAUAUGUUGAAGGCAAGCAUGAUAGUACCAUUAGCUUAGCCAAGAAAAACAUGGAAGCAUCAGUAGCAACAACUGCAAAAAUCCACCUUCCAAUUUUGACAAUGAAUUUUACACAAGAACUUAAUGGAAAUACUAAGUCAAAACAUGCCAUCUCUUCAUUCAUUGAAUUAAAAUAUAAUUUCAAUUCCCCCUGUCUGUGCUCUACCGCUACUGGGACAGUUGACCACAAGUUCCUAUUGGAAAAUCCUACUUCUUACUUUUCCAUUGAGUCAUCUACCAAAGGAGAUAUUAAUGGGUCAGUCCUUUCACGGGAGUAUUUAGGAACUAUUGCCAGUGAGUUCAGCACUUAUUUUAAUUCCAAGAGUACUCGAUCUGCAGUGAAGCUGCAAGGAACUUCUAAAGUUGAUGGUAUCUUGAACUUUGAAGUAAACGAAACUUUUGCUGGAGAAGCCUCUUUCCGACGCAUCUAUGCCAUAUGGGAACACAAUGCAAAAAAUCAGUUGCAGCUGAUGGACCUCUUUUUAACAUCUGGAAAUCAUGCAAGCAAAGCCACCCUAGAACUCUCCCCAUGGAAAAUGACAACCCUUGUUCAGGUCCGUGCAAGUCAGCCCAAUUCUCUCCUUGAUAUCAAGUCCCUUGUCCAGGAAGUGUCCCUGAAGGCUGACACUCAGAAUCAGAAAUCCCACUGGAAGAGUGAGGUCCAGAUUCAUUCUGGGCGUUUAUAUAACAACGUACAGCUUUCCAAUGACCCAAAAGAGAUGCGCCUUAGCAUGGCAGGUUCCUUAGAAGGAUACCUAGGUUUCCUCAGUGGUUUUGUUCUACCAGUUUAUGAUAAGAGCCUAUGGGACCUCCUAAAGCUGAACAUAAGCAGCAACAUUAAUAGGAAACAGUACCUCCACACUUCCACUGCUCUUGUGUACAACAAAGCCCCCAAUAUCCGCCUUUUCUCUCUCCCUGUUCAAGAACUGGUUAAUAAGUUCGUUAUACCAGGACUGAAACAAAAUAACCUAAAUUCAGUUCUUGUUACGCCUACAUUCCGUGUUCCAUUUACAAACCUCCAGUUUCCUUCCUACACACUUAACCUCAGUCAAAUUGAAGUCUACAAGAAUCUAAGUAGUCUUCCAUUUGACCUCAACAUACCACUGUUACCCAAACUAACAUUUCCCAAAGUUGAUGUGUUAACAAAAUAUUUCCAACCAGAAGACUCCUCGGUUCCCUUCUUUGAGAUCACUGUGCCUGAAUCUCGGCUAACUAUGUCCAAGUUCACGCUUCCAAAAAGAGUUUCAUUUGGCAUUAUUAACUGGGAUCUAGACGAGGCAACCAGGAAGAUUGCAGACUUUGAGUUGCCAUCCACCAUUAUGCCUGAGCAAACAAUUGAAAUUCCUCCCAUUAAGUUUUCUAUACCUGCUGGAAUUUUCAUUCCUUCUUUUGGAACAUUUACGGCACGUUUUAUGGUGGCCUCUCCUUUAUAUAGUGCUAAUUGGGUUUCUGGUUUAAAAAACAAAGUUGACCAUGUUGAGACAUUCCUGGAGUCCACCUGUAGUUCAAGCCUUCAAUUCCUGGAAUAUGACCUAAAUGUUGUGGCAACACACAGAAUUGAAAAUGGAGCAUUAGUCUGCCGGAUGAAUGGGACAUUUGCACAUCGUGACUUCAAAGCAGAAUAUAAAGAAGAUGGCAAAUACAAAGGAUUUGGGGAUUGGAUAGUAGAUGUUCACCUUGACAUCACUAGUCCAACAUUCACAGAUUUACAUCUGCGCUACCAGUCAGGUGAACGUGGCGUUUCCUCCUCUGUGGCCUCCCCAGCUAUCGGCACUGUGACUAUAGAUGUGGAUGACAAUGACAAUAUCUUAAAAUGGCAUAUCUACUACCAACCUCAGUCUACUCCAAAUAAAACACUCAGCAUAUUCAGGUACCAUAAAUCUGAAAAUUCUCAGAUCAAGGUUAACUGGGAAGAAGCUUCCAAAUUGCUACGCUCUAUAAAAGAUAACGUGCCCAGGGCCACAGGAGUCCUUUAUGACUGUGUCAAUGGGUACCACCAGAAUUAUACAGGAUUAGACCUAAGAGAUGCUUCUUUAAAAGUGAAAAGAAGCCUUCAAAAAACUGCUGAGUGGGCCUAUCACUCUGCUAAGCAGCAGAUUGAUGAGGCUGACACCAGGCUCCAGAGAGUAGCCAGAAGUACCAAUGGAAUCUACCAGCAGUGGCAAGACAAGACCCAGAAUCUCUACCAGGAUUUGUUGGCUCUGGAAGGUCGAGCUGAUUUUCAGAAACUCCACAGUACACUGUUUGAUGGUUUAAUCGGAGCUGCUCAGAAAUACAGUGCGACCGUCAAAUAUGUGAUUGAGUCAUUCAUCAACUUCCUGAAGUUCACCCGAUUCCAGAUCCCCGGAAGAAGUGGAAUGUAUACUGGAGAUGAGCUCUGUACCAUGGCCGUGAGGGAAAUAGCGAAAGUGCUCUCCUGGGCACACUCAGAAAUCCUGAGUGGGUUAAAAUUAGUAUUUUCCUAUUUCCAAGACCUGAUGGUGAAAUCUGAAUUAAUUGAAUUCCUACAAAUUAAAUGGGAGUGGGGGGAACUACUGAUGCAUUUAUCUCAAAGAAUCCAAAAGGUAUUGAGUGACCUUCAGUCUAUGAAGGCUACAGAGAUGCUAAGUGGUCUUCAGAGAUUUUUACACCAUGUUUGCCAAGAGAUGGAAGGAAAAAUUAAGGACUUAAAGGAGAAAAAAAUCACUUCUCUCAUUAGUUCUAUCCCACAGGAGAUCAGCUUAAUCUUUAACAAGCAUAUUCCAUAUCUUUUUGAAUCCCUGAAAGAAAACCUGUGCUUUACAUUUAAUAAACUUGUUCACAGGUCCAGGGAGAUAGUACAAGGGGAAUUUAAAGAAGUUCCCCAAGAGAUACAGUGACACCACAAGUUCAUAAAAGCCCAUCGCAAAGAAUAUUUUGAUCCACAUAUGGUUAUCUGGAUGGUGAAAUAUCAUGAUCUUGAAGGAAAGACCAUCAACCUAAUCAAGAAGCUACCAUCUACUCAUGAGGUACCUUUUCAAAUCCCAAAAUUCCAUUCCAUGGCACUGUCAAUGACAAACUUUGCAUCCCAACUACCAAGUCAAGUUGAGCAAGUUGUGCAGAAAGUGAUACAGGAAUAUGUUGACAUUCAUCCUUGCAAGUAUAGUGGAAAAGAGAAAGAGAAGACUGAAGAGAUUUAUCAGGAAAUAAUAAAAUUUUCUAUCAGGAAAUAAUAAAACUGGAUUGCUGAAAUUAAAGAAACUAUGUCUGAUUGUCACUAGAAGUUUAGAUAUAAACAAAAGAAUUUUUCAGAUCACCAAUCUGAUCACUGUGAAAUAUUCAUUCCUAAGUCUCUAAGGUUGACUGACCAGUCCAUUCAAAUAUACAAUGUGUAUCUUAGCUGUCACACGGAGUUACUCAUAGAGCAACAAACAGUCUUAGUCAAUGAUAUGAGAUCCUAUAUAAAGGUUGCUCUGGGAGAAAUUACUACCACCUUUAACUUCUUAAUAGCGAUUCUCAUUUAUUCUUAUAUCCAACUGAAUUUUCACAGAGCAGGGAAAGUUUCCAAACCACAUGCAUUGAUAGAACUGUGCACUGAACCCGCUGUUAUCAGCCAGCUGACUACAAGCAAAAGCACAAAUCAACUGCACCUGCUCUCAGAUCUCUGAAGGGCUCUGAACUCUGAGAAGGGGCAUUGUUUACAACCCAAAGGAAAUAGGUGAUAAUUUUGCUAAA